GCGGGCCCGGCGGCGGCGCCGGCGCCAGCGCCAGGCUAGGGCGCGAUCCGCUGCCCGCGCCUCUCCCCCGCCCGCGCCUCGCCUUCCCCCUCCCUUCCCGCCUCUCCCCUCCCGCCGCCGCCGCCACCGGCACCGCCAUCGCUACCGGGGUGGGGCCCGCGCCCGCUCCCCCCCGCCCCCGCCGCCGGCCGCCGGCCGAGCGCGUCUCCCGGGGGCGAGGCCCCGUCCCUCAGCGGCGGCGGCUCCAUGGUGCCCGCCGCCCCCCCCCCGCCCCGCAGCAACAGGCAGGACGAGGAGGAAGCGGCCCCCGGGGGUCCCCACCGGCCCGCCGCCGGCCUGAGCAGCGCCGCCGCCGCCGCAGCGGGAGCGACCGAGCGGGCGGGGGGCGCCCGCGGGCCGCCGGCGAUGGCGAACCAGCUGGUGAUCCUCAACGUCUACGACAUGCCCGGAAUUUUUGAACAGUUUUGGUACGGCUGCAACUUGGUAGGAAUAAAGGAAUUGCUCCCGCUUGGUUUGCAGUCCUAUGAGCUCACCUUCCCUCCCUUCUGGUAUUGGAUGAAUGAAUAUACUUCUUCCCUUGGAAUUGGAGUGUUCCAUUCAGGUAUAGAGGUGUACGGCCGAGAAUUUGCCUAUGGUGGUCAUCCAUACCCUUUUUCUGGAAUAUUUGAAAUUUCACCAGGAAAUGCUUCUGAGCUAGGAGAAACGUUUAAAUUUAAAGAGGCUGUGGUCCUAGGCAGUACUGACUUUAUGGAAGAUGACAUAGAAAAAAUAGUAGAAGAGCUUGGAAAAGAAUUCAAAGGAAAUGCUUAUCACCUAAUGCACAAAAACUGCAAUCACUUUUCUUCAGCUUUAUCUGAGAUUCUGUGUGGAAAAGAGAUUCCACGAUGGGUGAAUCGCCUUGCCUACUUCAGCUCUUGUAUACCGUUUCUCCAGAGCUGUCUGCCAAAGGAGUGGCUAACUCCUGCAGCCCUCCAGUCUAGUGUUAGCCAGGAGCUACACGAUGAGCUGGAGGAAGCUGAGGAUGCAGCAGCAUCAGCUUCUUUGGCAAGCUCAGCAUCUGGGUCUAGAACUGGACGCCACACCAAAUUAUAAGUCCUCCUCCAAAGUAACAAAUGGUUUGAAAUACUUCAGUUUAAUCUCUCCAGCAAUUGACUUCCUGACAGAACAUGAGAGCUGACUCUAGAACAUUGUUUUUAUAUGCAAAAAAGGCUCUCAUCAGCCCCUGUUUCAGCUCAGGAUUAUUUAUGUAGUGAAAAGAAUUGCUGGGAGGAAAGGGAAGGAUUUUGUGUAAAGCCACCCUUUUCAUUUUCACCUGUUUGGUAGACCUGGGUUAACUUAACAUCUUGUAUAAAGCAGAACUUAAAUUAUUUGUUUACAGUAUUGUGUACUGCUGUUUACAAGUCCUCUAAGGACUCCUGCCACCAUGGAAGAAGAGAGAAAUUGAGUUUUAUUUAACUGUUGUUAUAACUCAAAAGCAGUGGUAUGAUGCCCUAGAUGAACUCUCCCCUCUGUUUUCAAGAUUUAAGGCAGGUGAACGUUAACUUUCUGAGAAAUGCCAGAAACUGCUGAAUACUAUAUAUGCGAACAGGGUACUGUGCACUUAAAGUGGCUGAUGUAAACAGGUAGAUUCCAGGAUGUAGGGAGACUGGUUUUGUCUAAGAUCUGUUACUAGCAGUAUGACCUCUACAUUAAUGAAACUGUGGAUUUUUGCACAUAUGAAGGGAAAUUUCUUUCUCAUUACAAUGCACAUUGAUACCUUUUUUUUUUUUUUUUUUUUUUUUUUUUUUUUUUUUAACUCAGCCAUGUAGUUUGCAUCCUAUCUUCUGUCUGUAUUUACAGUCUACUUCAGCCAGGAUUUAGAGAUGUGAAUAUCAUCUGUUAGAAGCAUCAACAAUUUUUUCACUGUUUGCUUUACUUGAUUUCAAACUUGCAUAUAAAUGUUAAUGCUUGUAUUCUUUUUUUCAUUUCGUAUAGUUUGGAAUAGUGUAAUACAAGCCAUUUAUGGUUGGGGAAUGGCCUUGCUUUUCUGCUGCUGAUUUUGCUUCAUUUGAGUUUGUAAACAUUAGUGUCCUUUUCUUUGAGCUAUAAAUUACUGCCCAGUUGUGCAUAUCUGCACAAAUUAUAGAGAAAUCCUAAUUUAUUUUCCCACAGUCUCUAUCUGUGGCAUUAACUUUCUUGUCAGAUGUAAUGAAGAAAAACCUGAAAAUUGCUUAUGCACCUGCUUGUUUACACAGCAGAACCCACUAAUCUGCACACAUAAUUAUAUCUGAAGGUAAGAGAUAUUAUUUUCUAAAACACAGAAGUAUGUUUGCUGGUAGAUUAUAAUUAGAGCUAAAUUAUAAUUAGUGAUCAGAAUAUAUAAUGGAAUGCCUUAUUCUUGUUCACUUACCAAGAGAAUUAAUGGUUCUUCCAGUCAUUAGUGUAAAUUAGUGAGGUUCUAUUGUGCACAUAAGGAUACAGUAGCACAAACAUGAGGGAGGUGAGCUUGUGUAUUUUGUAAGACUUGCUGCCUUAAACUAACAAAAACCAUACCAUCUGUAAACUGAUCAGCUCACAAAGAAGUGUGCAUUACUAGAAGUAUAAAUGAUUCUUACAAGCUUUAUUUUCAGUCUGUUGCUGGGUUUAGUUUUUCCAUUAAGUGAAAUACUGACUCUACGGUUUCUGCUGUUUAAAAGAAAAAAGUCCUCUUAGGAGGCAAGAAUGCUUCAUGUUAUGAGUGCUUCUAGCCAUGGGUAGUCAGUGCCAUUGAAACCCACAGGAAGGUGCAGUAGGCUGUAUCGUAGUAAGAAUUCUUAUGGUUGCCAGCUCUGACUCAUGUUAGAAACAAGUGGAAGUUUUUCUGCUGGCAGUUGGGUUGAAUCCUUUGUCAGACAGUCUUUAAGUUUUCACUCAUCUUCUGUGAUGCAGUGUAGGUACAGAGAAACACACACUCAAUUCUGGGGGAAAAAAAUCAAGUGAGACUCUUUCUGGAAAGAGCGGGAUUAACAGUAGAAGUCUUUUUAACUGUAGUUUGGUACAUGUUUUAAUAAUCUCUUCUACCAAGUGGGAAACGCUUAAGACUGACAAGUCUACUACUAACUACAUUCUCUGGUCUCCAGAAGCUGGACAUACUGACUCUACCUGUUGAGUGCUUUUUUCACUUGAAUCUCUGAAUUUGAGUUCUCCUUUCUUUUUUUCCUGUAGUGAAAAUGAAUAUGGUGGUCUCCAGUCAACUCUCAAGCAUUACAGAACUGAAUCUCACACUACUUACAGCUAAGACAACAGGCUGCAGACAGGUUAUUUUGUCUCUGCUGUGCAGCUGUGGUAGUAAUGUGACUAAGUCUCUUGGCCAAGGCAGGUCCUUUAUUUCAGCUCAGGGUUGAGGCCACUGAUCUAGCAAUGUACUGUAGCUUUUCCUAGGUUUUAGGGAAAAUGAAUAGAAUGAAUUUUCAUUGCUACCUAACUUUUAUGUACCAAAAUCAGCUUUUUAGGCUUCUGAUACAUCCAGAGCGUUAGGUCAGAAAUCUCUACACCUUCAUUAACACACAACUACAGCAUGUACAAUGCAAAAACAUGACAGAUCACAGCACAGUUUUUAUUUAGAAGUAAAACUAAGACUAUUUUUUAUAAAGCAGACUGGAAAGUUUGUAACAAAAAUGUUCAUUUUAUUGGUAGCUGUACAGGUGAAAAUACUGUCUUAUGCGCCAUAAUUUUUUUUUGUUUGUUUCAAAACCAUCCAUUUGUAAAUCCUGUGAGGAAACUGACACCUGAACCCUGAAGGCUGUUGGGUAUUGUAUCAAAGCAAGCGGUGCUGUAACUUCAAUCGCGUGCUGUCAACUCAGCCUCCGCUGGAUGCCUCCAAGAAGUCACCCUGCCAGUGGUUACUCCGAUUUGUUAGCAAUAGAGCAAGUUACCUUUCACCAGCAUUACUGCCAAGCAGGGAUUACUUUAGUCUACUAAUGACUACACUGUGCUAGGACUAGAACACUCCAAAAUGCUGUGAGAAAGCUGGACACCUGUGGAGUCUUUUCCAUCAAAACGGGUAGAAAAAUAUCACUACUUCAGGGUUCUGCUCUGUUUACUUUCUCAUUCUUGUUUAAUUUUCUGUAAGAUAGUACUUUUGAUACGUAUUAUAUUCUUUAACUCAAAGUCUUUUUAUUUAAAUGCCAUUUUCUGUUCAGCAAGCCAAAAAAUCCAAUGUACUGUCAGUGUGCACCAGUAACUUCAGAGUGGCUUGGUAAAAACAUAGUUGCAUUACUUCUAAAAUUUGCAAUGCAAUUCUGAUCACUAUUGAUAGAUGAUAAUUUUCACUGUUGGAAGUUGGUUACAAGCUGAAUAUUCACUGAUGCAUUUUUUGUAAACUUGUAUUCAAGUUUACUGUACUACAUAGUAUUUGUAUAAAAUUCAAAGAAUUUUGACUUUUGUUACCUGUACAUGGCAACAAGUUGUCUAGCAUCUGAAACUUAAAUCCAUCAGUUUAUUAAAAAUACUUUUAUAAAAAAA